AUGGAGACGAGGCCCCAAGAACCGAAAUCUUGGGUCCAGAUGUUCAAGCCAUUGAUCCAGAACCCAGGGAUGGAAGAAAUGCAUGAAAAUAAGGAGCAAGACGAAGCGGAGGAGCCAAUAUCUGAUGAUGAAAUGAACUGGGGAGAGGACGACCCAGAUUGUCCAAGGGUGAUAAUCACCAAAGAAGAGAAGGCAAGAAUCCGAAGACCCUGGCGUAGAUCCCUAAUUGUUCGAGUCCUGGGCCGAAGAGUGAGCUACUCGUACCUACUCCAGCGAAUGAAGGCAAUGUGGCGACCAGAGGCAAAUAUGGACCUAAUCGCACUCAACGACGACUACUUUGUGGUAAAAUUCGAAGCUCUUAGGGAUUACGAAUUCGCCAAAUUCGAAGGCCCCUGGAUGAUUCUUAGACACUAUCUCAUCGUACAAGAAUGGGUCCCAAACUUUGACCCGUCAAACAACAAGAUGGAGAAGCUACUAGUUUGGGUCCGAUUUCCGACCAUCCCGAUCGAAUAUUUUGAUGAGGACAUAGUGGAAAAAAUUGGACUAAAAGUUGGACGCCCGAUAAGAGUCGAUGAUUCGACAAGCUUAGUUUCGAAAGGCAGAUUUGCGAGAAUCUACAUCGAAGUGGAUAUGACAAAGCCGCUUCUCUCAAAGUUUACCAUGGAAGGAAAGGCGUGGCCUAUUGAAUAUGAAGGUAUCCACCUUGUUUGUUUCAGGUGUGGCAUCUACGGGCAUCGCAAGGAACAGUGCGGUCCCAAAGAGAAUGCAGAUAAGACAACAGAGGAAGACAAUGCAGAUGGAGAAGGAAUUCAGCCAAAGGAAGGGAACCAAGAACACACGUGUCCUUUCUUGGCCAAGCAACCCCCGAAAGGCCCUGAUCUUUCGGCAAGAUUUGGACCAUGGAUGAUAGCUACCCGUAAAGCUAGGAAUGGGCAAAAGAACACUGCCAACCGGAUCCCUCAGGGUAGCCCAAGAAGGAGCACUGGUGGCAGGGGUUAUCAUGAUAAAGAAACGGCCCCAACAAGCGAACUAUCAGCCCGAUAUGGCGUUCUAGCAGACUUGGAAGAGGAAGAUCCGAUGACUGAAGUGCCAAAUCAGCGGAACGAUAACCCCAGGAUGCACCAUGUGAAUUAUUCACGAGGAAGAGGAGGCGUCGGACCUCGUGUUAACACCAGAACCCCAUCAGCACCCGAACAGUAA